AUGAGCCAAGAUACGGAAUAUUUUAUCAAAGAUGAUGUUGAAUUAGAUUCAUUUACUCUAUUAUCAAUCGAGCCAUUGCGUCCUAAUGUAACUUGUCUACUUGAUUUAUCAGAUAAAAUUUUACUUCAUAUUUGUCGUUAUCUGACACCAAUUCAUAUUUUACAUUCAUUUUAUACACCUAAAAUGCCUAAUAGACGUCUUCAUCGUCUAAUAAUUAAUUAUUAUGCAACGAUUAAACUUGAUCAAACAACGUAUGAUGAAUAUAUAUAUUUGGCAAGCUUAUUCUCUCGUUCAAAUUAUCCUCUUCGACCUGAAUCACUGAUAUUGAGUAAUGAACAUGUAACUUGUGUAACUCAACAGUACUUUAAUUAUAUGUAUACUGAUAAAAUUCAAUCGAUAUUUGUCAAUUUAAAAAGUUUUACAUUAAUCGAUUGUUUUUCAACUGAUCUUAAUUAUAUUGUUCUACAAUAUAUAGAGGAUUUAACACGACUUGAAUAUCUUCAUAUUACUGCUCGUAAGCUUGUCGAUGAUUUUAUUAAUGAAACACAGGAUAUGUCGAUUGGUGUUUUAUUGUUCCAUGGACUACUAUCUGCUCUGCAUACAGUUCACAUUGAAUUACCUAAUGGACUUUUAUUAUACGAAUCAUUAAGUCCUCAUCAAACUCUUCGUCAUGUUCACAUGACUUUACAAACAAUCGAUGACUUAUAUAUAUUGCUUAAUGGACUUGUACCAAAUGUUGAAACAAUGAUUGUUGAAUUGCGUCAAGCACGGUUGCUAACCUGUCUUCGCCCUCAAUGCACAUCAUCAUGUCCUCGAUUAACUGAAUUUACUCUAUUAGAACCUCGUGUUGCAUUAGUUAUUGAUGAUAUUAAAUGUAUUUUUGGUUGCAUGCCUGCCCUUCGUAAAUUAACAUUAAGUAUUCGUGAUACACAUGAUCCAAUAUUUUGUCAUGGUCCUGCAUUUGAAUCAAUGUUAAAGAAAUAUUUUCCAUAUCUUUGUCAAUUUGAUUAUACAAUGACACAUCGAAUUAUUGAUAAAACAUUUAUUGAAGAUUUUAUUCAAUGGCCGAUGAAUGUUGUAUUUUAUGAAAAUGAAAAUUCUAAAUGGGUACAUAUUUUUUCAGUACCAUGGCCAUCAAAUAAAAAUGAUAAACGACAAUUACCUAUUGUUAAUAGGGGAUGUAAUACAUCAGUUCUACCAAGUGUUAAACGAGAUGAGCAUAUGAAUCAUGUUAAGAUUACAAUGAAAAAUGAUUUAUAUCAGUUAGAUAAACGAUUUUUUCGAGCUUAUCAACUUACAACUUUUUUAACAAUUGAUAUAAUAUUACCACAACGAAUUUCAAAAUUAAUUCUUACUAAAGAAACACGUACGUAUAUCUUGUAUAAGAAAAAUCAAUCUUCUUACUAUUUUGUUUUUGUUAUAGCUAUUAGUGUGAUGAAAUCAAUAGUUCAACCUAAUAUUCGUCAUCUUAUUGUUCAACGUCGUUUGAUUGAUGAAACAGAAAUUUCGAUUCUCGCUCAUCAAUUUCCUAAUGUUGAAUAUUUACAAUUAUUAUUUCCAUUGAAUAGAAAAUUAUUUGUUCGUUGUUUUCAAACUUUAUUUAGUGAUGAUGGUACUAUAGAUAAGAAAUUUCGUUAUUGGUGUUAUUUGGUUAAUUUUUGUACAACAUUUAUGUUUAUACAAUCAAAUCAAAUCUACAGCGACAAUAAUCUUCAUCAUUGGCUUAUUGAAAAUACUGAUUUAAAAUACCAUAAACUUCGAUUUUAUGCAAGUUGUUGUGACUCAAUGUUCUCUAUUUGGCUUUGA